AUGUUGCAUGCUGCCGUUACAACACGACAAAAGCGCUUUUUUUGUGUGUCGCAAAUUUAUCAAGGACGCGAACACCGGAUACUUUUGAUCAAGUUUUCCCCGGAUUCUCGUUGUUUUUACAGGCAGCAGUCGAGCACCAUGAUGGAUGACGAUCCAAAAUUACGGUACAAAGAGGCCGAAGCCAUGAAGCGUGCAGCAUUUUUUGGUAUUGCUGUAUCAACAAUGGCCACUCUUACAGCAAUCAUUGCUAUACCCCUUCUUUAUAACUAUAUGCAACACGUUCAGUCAUCCCUGGAGGUCGAGGUCGACUACUGCAAGCACUUGACCGGUGGCCUCUGGCAACAGUUUGAAAAGGAAACUGAACCUGGAUUUUUAGAACACUAG